AUGGGUGACCUCUCAUCUUUGACCCCCGGAGGGUCCACGGGUCUCCAAGUAAACAGGGGCUCCCAGAGCUCCCUGGAGGGGGCUCCUGCCACUGCCCUGAAGCCUCACAGCCUGGGCAUCCUCCAUGCCUCCUACAGUGUCAGCCACCGCGUGAGGCCCUGGUGGGACAUCACAUCUUGCCGGCAGCAGUGGACCAGGCAGAUCCUCAACGAUGUCUCCUUGUACGUGGAGAGCGGGCAGAUUAUGUGCAUCCUAGGAAGCUCAGGCUCCGGGAAAACCACGCUGCUGGACGCCAUGUCCGGGAGGCUGCGGCGCACCGGGACCUUCCUGGGGGAGGUGUAUGUGAACGGCCGGGCGCUGCGCCGGGAGCAGUUCCAGGACUGCUUCUCCUACGUCCUGCAGAACGACACCCUGCUGAGCAGCCUCACCGUGCGCGAGACGCUGCGCUACACCGCGCUGCUGGCCAUCCGCUGUGGCAACCCCGGCUUCUUCCAGAAGAAGGUGGAGGCCAUCAUGGCAGAGCUGAGUCUGAGCCAUGUGGCAGACCGACUGAUUGGCAACUACAACUUGGGGGGCAUUUCCACUGGUGAGCGGCGCCGGGUCUCCAUCGCAGCCCAGCUGCUCCAGGAUCCCAAGGUCAUGCUGUUUGAUGAGCCGACCACAGGCCUGGACUGCAUGACUGCUAAUCAGAUUGUCAUCCUCCUGGUGGAACUGGCUCGCAGGAACCGAAUUGUGGUUCUCACCAUUCACCAGCCCCGUUCUGAGCUUUUUCAGCUCUUUGACAAAAUUGCCAUCCUGAGCUUCGGAGAGCUGAUUUUCUGUGGCACACCAGUGGAAAUGCUUGAUUUCUUCAGUGACUGCGGUUACCCUUGUCCUGAACAUUCAAACCCUUUCGACUUCUAUAUGGACCUGACGUCAGUGGAUACCCAAAGCAAGGAACGGGAAAUAGAAACCUACAAGAGAGUCCAGAUGAUAGAAUCUGCCUACAAGAAAUCAGCAAUUUGUCAUAAAACUUUGGAGAAUAUUGAAAGAACGAAACACCUGAAAACAUUACCGAUGGUUCCUUUCAAAACCAAAGAUUCUCCCGGAGUUUUCUCCAAACUGGGUGUUCUCCUGAGGAGAGUGACAAGAAACUUGGUGAGAAAUAAGCUAGCAGUGAUGAUGCGUCUCCUUCAGAAUCUGACCAUGGGUUUGUUCCUCCUCUUCUUCGUUCUGCGGGUCCAGAACAAUGUGCUAAAGGGUGCUAUCCAGGACCGCGUGGGUCUCCUUUACAUGUUUGUGGGCUCCACCCCGUACACAGGCAUGCUCAACGCUGUGAAUCUGUUUCCUGUGCUGCGAGCUGUCAGCGACCAGGAGAGUCAGGACGGCCUCUACCAGAAGUGGCAGAUGCUGCUGGCCUACGUGCUGCAUGUGCUCCCCUUCAGUGUCGUUGCCACGAUGAUUUUCAGCAGUGUGUGCUACUGGACGCUGGGCUUACAUCCUGAGGUUGCCAGAUUUGGAUAUUUCUCUGCUGCUGUCUUGGCCCCCCACUUAAUUGGUGAAUUUCUAACUCUUGUGCUACUUGGUAUCAUCCAAAAUCCAAAUAUAGUCAACAGUGUAGUGGCUCUGCUGUCCAUUGCGGGGGUGCUUGUUGGAUCUGGAUUGGUCAGAAACAUACAAGAAAUGCCCACUCCUUUUAAAAUCAUCAGUUAUUUUACAUUCCAAAAAUAUUGCAGUGAGAUUCUUUUAGUCAAUGAGUUCUACGGACUGAAUUUCACUUGUGGCAGCUCAAAUGUUUCUGUGGCAACUAAUCCAAUGUGUGCCUUCACUCAAGGAAUUCAAUUCAUUGAGGAAACCAGCCCAGGUGCGACAUCUAGAUUCACAAUGAACUUUCUGAUUUUGUAUUCAUUUAUUCCAGCUCUUGUCAUCCUAGGAAUAGUUGUUUUCAAAAUAAGGGAUCAUCUCAUUAGCAGGUAG